CGUGACGAGAGCAGCAUGGCCUCGUCUGCAGGACAUCCUGCAAUACAGACCGUGGGCUCAGCUGUGCCAGGGAAGUGAAACUGGCAGUGUUUUCCUUGCUCUCCACUGCCCACUUGGGCGCGAGACUUGGUUUUGUCCGCUUGGGUGUGAACAUUUGCCGAGGUCUUGGUCGUGCAUCUCACCCGUGUGAGCUCGCUCUGGCCGGCGGGUUUGGGAGCUCGGCGGUGUCAGUGGUGCUUGCAGUGUCUUGGAAGUGAGCAGGACACUUGCUUCCACACUUGCCUCCUGUCUGUCGCCCUUCUUCUGCCCUAGGUGACUUUGCGCCCUGUUUCUGGUGCUGCUUGGCACAGGGUUUGUAAAGAUGUGUAGCCCAUAGUGGAGAACGCCUUCCCUUUCCAAGGUGCCUGAGAUGACUUCUAAAAUAGUGGAGCCUUGCUUAAUACAGAGCCCUUCAUUCUUUAUUCUUCACUAAAAGGAAAAGGAGACUCUUGAUCUUGAGUGCAGAGUCCUUCAACAGCCUUGGGGAAGAAAGGCAGCACUUUGGUUUUGUGUAGCCCCACAUCAGCAACUGGCACAAGGUGCUUGUCUGUGUUUGACACUUCUCCCAGCUUACAGUCUUAAAUGUCUUUAAAUACUCUUCUUCUUGGAACUGUUGUGAAAACACCAUGUGUAGCAUCUAAAUUGUUCACAGAUAGAUGUCAUUUUAAUGCUUCUACAAAAUAAUUUUAAGAAAAUUUAAUUUACUUUGCAGCUUUUUAGGUCACAGAAUUCACAUGUCUUGUUUUAUACAGAGGCUCUGUUGUUCCUUGGAGAUAAAUAGUGGCUGAGGAUAAGAUAAUGGAGGGAUUUUGGUGCUUGAUUACUGAAUUAGCAUUGGAAAUGUGGACUUGCGACUAUAGCUUCCAGAAGUUCCAUCUGCUGGAUCCUUUCUUUUAGUAUCAUGGUGUCCAAGGCUUUCUUUGAGCUUCAUCAUGCACUUCUCAGCCUGUGCCAUUUCCCUUCUCCUUUGCGGGAACUGUUUUUUUCAUUUCAUCCCGUUUCUCACGUAGUGCAGUUCAUUGUGGGACUCCUCUUUGCAGAAUCCUCUCCUCUUUGUUGUUGGCUGCUGGUUGUGUGCAGGUGGAAAUGGAGAGUAGCCCUGGACUAGCCCAGUCACUUAAUGGUGUUGUGAAAGCCAUGGAGAGAGGUGGACAAGAGUUUGAGAGACUCAGGCAGUGCUGGGGGAAGUCCCAGCCAAAGGAUUGCUUUUCCUCUUGGUUCACAGACCAGCCCAGAAGAAGGAUGAGGAGAAGAAGAGACUCUGAAAACAUACAAGUUGAAGCUUCUGGCUCUCUCGUGAAGGAAUAGUCAAAGCAGCUUUGUGUCAGCCUGUGUGGGUCAGACUUCAGCUGGGGUCUCUGGGUGCAGCAGGACUGAGCUGCUUCAUUCCCUGAGCCUGAUGUGCUCCUGCAGUAGUAACUGUGGCACAAAGACAGCUGGACUCACACAUGUCAAAGGAAUGCAAACUGCCUUUGAAGAAACCAGGAUUCAAGCAAUUUUCAAGGAAUAGGAAGAUGGAACUGUCAGUAUCCUCAUUGCUACAGGGUAGAGGUACUCUGUGAAGUGACUGGGAAAUAGAUUUCUUGAGUAUCACUUUUCACUGCAGUGAUUUUAGUUCAGAUUUUGGCUAGUAUAUGAGUAAGACGUAGAGGGCUUUUGCUUCUAUGCUUUUUAUGCCUUUUUGUGUCAGUCUGUUCUCUCUGGAUCUUCUGCUGCCACUGGUAAUAAGUAAUUUUGCAUUAGAGUUUAACUCCUCUUGAUACAGAUUUUGACUUUGUGAGUCCUGCUUGUGUUCUAGAACCAGUUAUAAACAGUUUUGAGGAGAAGAGAGGAGAGACAGAAAUAUGACCAAGAACUUCAUUAGUCAGGGAAGAGGUUGCAGCUUUUUCCAUAUUUGUUCCUAGUUCUUCAAAUCUUAACUAUAUGUAAGUAACUGGUCUUCAAGGGCAUUUAUUGAGUAAGAAUUCUGUUCUAUUUGACCAAAAUGUGCAGAUGGUAAAGUUAUUUCUUUUUCCUUGGCAAGUCAGGAUAUGAAAUGAAUACUUUUUUCCAAACUUAUACCACUGCUAUCUACCUGAAGAGAAUAGUUGAAAAAGCAUUCCCACCUGGUACUCUCCUGAGAGAAUAUGAUGCUUUCUGCACUUUCUCAUGAAUGGCUUUUGUUCAUUCUGUUGCCUUGCAUAGUUACUGGCAUCUCUUGUUUUUCAGCUUCGCGCUCAGAACCAAGUCCUGAAAAAAGGAGUUGUAGAUGAGCAAGCUAACUCUGCCUCACUGAAGGACCAGCUGAAGAUGAAGGAUCAAUCUCUGAGGAAACUGCAGCAAGAAAUGGAUAGCUUGACCUUUCGAAAUCAGCAACUUGCCAAGCGGGUGGAACUACUUCAAGAUGAACUUGCAUUAAGUGAAGCUCGGGGCAAAAAGAACAAAAAAAGUGUAGAACCCUCAUCUCAGCUGAGUCAAGAACAGAAAAGUGUCUUCAAUGAAGAUCUUCAGAAGAAAAUUGAGGAAAAUGAACGACUGCAUAUACUUUUCUUUGAAGCAGAUGAACAGCACAAACGUUUAGAAGCAGAGCUGAGGAGUAGACUGGAGGUUUUGGAAACGGAUGCUGCCCAGCACCAAGCUGUGGUGGACAGCUUAACGAAGAAAUACACAGAGACCAUAGAAAAGCUGCAGAAUGAUAAAGCCAAAUUAGAAAUCAAGUCUCAGACACUAGAAAGAGAAGCUAAGGACUGUAGGCUUCGAACUGAAGAAUGCCAGCAACAGCUAAAGAAUCUUCAAGCAGCUUUGGGCAGUAGACUGGAAGAAUCUCUAUGCAUAAUUAAUGAAAAAGUACCUUUUAAUGACACAAAUCAGCUGAACUGCAGAGGAUCCCCUGGAUGUAGGAGUGCUCAGCCUUUGCAUGGCUUUGGUACAAGCAUGGGGUCUACUCGAUACAAUGCUCUGAAUGUACCAUUGCACAACAGAAGGAAUCAGCUGAAGCUGCGAGACCUUGCUGGCCAGGCCAUGGCUUUUGUCCAAGAGCUUGUAACAGCUCUCCUGAACUUCCACACAUACACUGAACAGAAGGUACAGAUCUUCCCCAUUGAUUCUGCAACAGACACAAUAUCACCCUUAAAUCAGAAGUUCUCACAGUAUCUCCAUGAAAACGCUUCCUAUGUUCGCCCUCUGGAGGAAGGAAUGCUGCACUUGUUUGAGAGCAUCACGGAGGAUACUGUGACAGUCCUGGAAACGACUGUGAAAUUGAAGGCCUUCUCAGAACAUUUAGCUUCCUACUUAGGCUUUUUAAGAAAGAUUCUUCCUUAUCAGUUAAAAAGUUUGGAAGAAGAGUGUGAGUCUUCUCUUUGCACAGCUGCUUUAAGAGCUAGAAAUAUGGAGCUGCACAGAGACAUGAAAAGGUUGACUGCAGUCUUUGAGAAGCUACACACGUACGUCAGUCUUCUGGCCUUACCAAGUACAAGACCAGAAGGACUCCUUAGGACAAAUUACAACUUUGUGUUUACAAACAUUGCUGCAAGUCUUCAUGGAUUCCAUGACAUUUUAAAAGAUAUUUCCAAGCAUUAUAGUCAGAAAGCUUCUUUAGAACAGGAAGUUCCAACUGCCACACAGAAACUCAUAACUACAAAUGACUGUAUUUUAUCCUCUGUUGCUGCUUUAACAAAUGGAGCGGGCAAGAUGGCCUCGUUCUUUAGCAACAACUUGGAUCACUUCACCACCUCGUUGAGCUAUGGCCCCAAGGGAGGAGCAGAGUUUAUCAGCCCUCUCUCAGCUGAGUGCAUGCUGCAGUACAAGAAGAAGGCAGCUGCUUACGUCAAGUCCUUGAAGAAGCCUUGUGCAGAUUCAGUGCCUUAUGAAGAGGCUUUAGCCAAUCGCAGAGUUCUCCUGAGUUCUACAGAAAGCAGGGAAGGUCUUGCACAACAGGUCCAGCAGAGUUUGGAGAAAAUUGCAAAACUUGAACAAGAAAAGGAACACUGGAUGUUGGAGGCCCAACUAGCUAAAAUAAAGCUAGAGAAAGAAAACCAAAAACUGAAGAACUCUCUUAGUGGACAUUUAACUGAAACUAUCCAAGAACGUUCAGUUUUGCCAAAUAUAGCAGAACAAAAGAAGGAAACCACAGAAAAGAGUCUGAAGGAACCUAUUAAGAGCACUAGUCUGAUUGGAAUGUUGACUGUAACUACUGAUAAUGAAAAGGUUCCAGAUGUUGAGUCUCGUGAAGACCUGAUAAAAACUCACUACAUGGCCAGGAUAGCAGAGCUGACCUCUCACCUGCAGCUUGCUGACAGCAAAUCAGUGCAUUUCCAUGCUGAGUGUCGAGCACUUGCCAAAAGACUUUCUCUGGCAGAGAAGUCCAAGGAAUCGCUUACGGAAGAGUUGAAGCUCGCCAGUCAAAACAUCACCAGAUUACAGGAUGAAUUGAUGACAACAAAGAGGAGCUACGAGGACCAGUUAAGCAUGAUGAGUGACCAUCUGUGCAGUAUGAAUGAAACCUUGACUAAGCAAAGGGAAGAGAUUGAUACACUAAAGAUGGCCAGUAAGGGAAAUUCUAAAAAGAACAAAAAUCGAUAGUUUACAGCUGAGUCUUUGGAAGCUGCUGCUGCACAGGAUGCAGAUAGUGACCAUUCAUUAUCCAGUUCCUGUUUGUUCCAGGAGGCAGAGGCUGGUAUUGGGUCUAGUAAAAACUGAAUUGGUGCUGUAAAUGGCUUUAAAAUAUUUAGAACUUGUAACAGAUAAAACAGAACUUAAUGUUGGCUCUAAACCAGGAAAUGCACAUUCUGUGGAUAAUUUAUAUAGUAAUUACCUUCAGUUUUUACUGUGCACUUUUUAAAACCAGGUUUUGAUUUCAUGUAACAACUUCAGAUUUUGUAUAUUUUCAAAUAUGUUUCUGCAUUAACAAAUUUGGAUUGGUGCAGUAAGUGUCUAUUUUUGAGUUCUACAUUUAAUGGUCAGCACAUGUACAUUCCAUUACUUGUUAAUAACAGUUUAAAAAUGAGUUUGGAGAUUUUUUUUGGCCAUGCAAGCUGUGCAGUUACUGUAAAUGUAUUACUCCUGUUCUCAGCCCAUUAGAAUUAAUCAGAAUUGUGGCUUGAAAUGAUUUUUACGAAUUCACCAAGUAAAUGGGAUCAUUGUUAGACUGCAACAGUGGAAACCUUUCCUGCUUGUAUUUGGCACUUUUUGAGGUAAAGAGCAUAAAUAGCUGAAUUGGGCUACUUCAAUGAAAUUGCUUUAAGCCAUUUCUAUAACAUUUUGUUUACACAUGUAUGUAUAUAUAUAUUGGUUGAAAUAGCUGUUUAAGGCUAGAGGAAACUGUGAUUGUCAUUUGCCCCAACAGAGUGAAACAAUGUGUGUAGAAUAGAUCAGCUUACUGUGCUCUCUUACAGUAAAGAAGAAUAUGAAAUACGUAGAACAUUUAAACACUGAAUUUGCAAAAGGGCUUCAUGGAAUUAAGUUGUGGUGGAUUCACUGUGGGGAUGCACAUGGCUUUUCCUGUGUUCAGAAGUUUGUGAACUUUAGGCCUCUCCUAAGAUUUUUUUUUUUUUUAAUUUUUUUUUCAAGUGAAGUUGCGUAUCACAAGUUUUCAUGGCAUUGAUUUGUUGUUGGAGGGUGGGAUUGGGUUUGGUUUUUUGGUUGUGUUUUUUUGGUUGUGUUUUUUUUCUUUUUAAUCAGAUGCUGUGCUGCUUCACACUUUCCACAUCAAUCUUCUGUUCCAUAAUUCCCAUUAUGGCACUUAUUUGUCCCACAGGGGUUUACUCUGAUAUCAGAUGUGUUGAAAUGUAUUACCAGUAUGUAAUAAUAAAAUCAACCACAUGAAACCA